AUGCUCCUUCACUUCGGCAGUGUCCCCGUUCUUGUAGUCUCUUCCGCAGACGCGGCUCGAGACGUUUUGAAGACGCACGACCGCGUUUUUGCGAGCCGUCCACGGACGAAAAUCUUCGAAAAGCUUCUUUACGACGGUCGUGAUGUGGCCUCAGCUCCUUAUGGAGAGUAUUGGAGGCAGAUGAAGAGUGUCUGUGUUCUUCAUCUCCUUAGCAACAAAAUGGUACGGUCCUUUCGAGACGUGAGAGAAGAAGAGAUCAUUCUGAUGAUGGAAAAGAUUCAGAAAUCAAGUUCUUUGAGGGUAAAUCUAAGCAAGCUCUUGGCUAGUUUAACCAACGAUGUUAUAUGUCGAAUUGCUUUGGGAAGAAAAUACGGUGGUGAAGCGGAUUUUAAGGAGUUAAUGGAGAGGUUCACGAGGCUAUUAGGCGUGGUUAGUGUGGGGACUUAUGUCCCUUGGCUUGCUUGGAUUGAUUGGAUUCGCGGUUUGGAUGGUCAGCUAGAAAAGACAGCAAAUGAUCUUGAUGAGUUCUUUGAGAGAGUUGUGCAAGAUCAUGUAGAUGGUGAUGGAGAUGGAACUGAUUUUGUCGAUGUAUUGCUCACGGUUCAGAGAGAAAAGAGCGUUGGGUUCGAAAUCGACAGACUCAGCAUAAAGGCAAUCAUCUUGGAUGUUUUUGUGGCUGGUACGGACACAACAUACACACUUAUGGAAUGGGCAAUGACAGAGCUUCUACGUCACCCAGAGUGUCUGAAAACACUCCAAGAAGAAGUCCGUAUGAUUUGUAAGGACAAAUCAAGUGUAUCAGAAGAUGACAUUCAACACAUGAAGUACUUAAAAGCUGUGAUCAAAGAGACAUUCAGGCUACAUCCUCCACUUCCAUUAAUGGUUUCUCACGAAUCAACACACGAUGUCACAUUAAGAGAUUACCACAUACCUGCUGGUACACAGGUUAUGAUCAAUGCUUGGGCGGUCGGGAGAGAGGCCGCAACAUGGGGACCAGAGGCAGAUGAGUUUAGACCGGAGAGGCAUUUAGAUUCGUCUAUUGAUUUUCGGGGUCAAGAUUUUGAGUUGAUUCCGUUUGGAGCAGGGAGAAGGAUUUGUCCAGCAAUAUCAUUUGCUGUGGUAUUGAAUGAGAUGGUUUUGGCUAACUUAAUGCAUGGGUUUGACUGGAGAUUACCUGUCGAAGCUACAAAUGAUCAAACCAGUGUCGCUGAAUCAACCGGUAUUGCGAUUCACCGCAUGUUCCCUCUCUAUGCCAUUGCAUCAUCUAGUACUUGA